CCUGCAAUGUACGCGCAUGGGCAAUACUAACCAACCUUUGAAAGGAAACGCACGCGCACAGAUUAUUUCAGUAAUUUUUGUGGUACCUUGUUAUAUUUUCAUUAAAAAAUGAAGAGUUUAGUUUUCUUUGGAUUGGCGCUUUGUGCAGCGGUUUCAGGUCAAGAUUUCAACUGUCCAGAAAAGAGCGGCUACUACCCGGACCAAUACCAGUGUGACCUCUAUUACAAGUGCACCAAAGGCCAGUCAGAAGCGAAGCUGUGUCCGGACGGUCUGGUGUUCUCCGAUGAGAACCCGAGCAAGGAGAGAUGCGACAUACCCUCCAAUGUCGACUGCGGUGACAGGAAGGAACUACAGGAACCCAAACCAUCGAAGGGCUGCCCUCGUCAGAAUGGUUACUUCAAGCAUCCUGAUCCUCAGGCCUGCGACAAGUUCUACUACUGCUCGGACGGCAUCCCCAACGAGCUGCCCUGCCCUCCCGGCCUGUACUUCGACGAGGAGACUUCCAACUGCGACUGGAAGGAGGUUGUCAACCGCCGCUGCGAUCAAAUAACAAAGGAUGUCCUCGACGACGGGUUCUCCUGCCCCGACGGCGAAGUGAUGGGUCCCAACGGGCGCGCCCUCCCGCACCCUACCUUCCCGCACCCCGAAGACUGCCAAAAGUUCUACAUCUGCCGCAACGGAGUCCAGCCUCAGAAGGGCAGCUGUCCCUCCGGCAAGGUCUACAAUGAGGACACCUUCAUGUGCGACGAGCCAGAGAAGGUUCCUGGAUGUGAAAACUAUUACGAAGGCCAACCGUUGGAGAAGAAUAAACUGCCCAAGAAAGCGUGAAGUGUCAUAAUCUUAGAUAAGUUGUAAUUAGUAUUGUAUUGAGUAAUUAAGAAUAAACUUAUAAAAAAAUA